AAUUCAAAUGGGUGCGCUGUAUCAAUUUUUACCUUGUUCUUGUCUCAUCAGUUUCUCCCAGACGUGAGACGAAAUCCUCAAUAUUAUAACGUUUACUUUUCAUAAAAUAUGUGAAACAUUGAUGUAUCUAUAAAAUGAUAAAUGUCUAAGAAUCUGGGUCCAGACGAUAUUCAUAUACGCUUGUAUACGUAUUACGGCAGAUGUAAAUUUUAUGUACGAAUUUUCAAAAUCUACGCGAAAAAAUAAAUAUUUAACCGCAUCUGGUGUUAGGUUGUAAUGAAAAGCCGAAUUAUCGAUAAGUAGACGUCAGUCCAUGCCGAAAACCUUCGUAAAUUUGGAUGUAUGUUACUUUAUUAUUCUAAAUUGUUUCAAAGGUCAACACAUUUCCAGUUAGCUUUGGGGUUUCUCAAGGCCACCUGAAUGCUUUGCUUCCACUUAAAUGGUGAAAGCUGCCCCUGGUUGUCAUUUAGUGAUAAAACCGUUGUAAAAAUUUAUCAGUUUUCAAGUUGACAGACAGGAUAAUUAUCAACUCUGUUGUAACAAGAUACAUCCAAGCUUAUUUUCCUCAACAGAGCAGCUAAUUUUCGCUUGCGUGUAUUUGUGUACUCAUUGGCUCACAUAGUUGGCGCAUAAACGUCUGAAAAUCAUUGCUAAGUGUUCGCUAGCAAGAAACUAUGAUGGAUUUUACUGGCAUUUCUUAAAAGAUUGGGAACUUUAACUUUUUCAAUGAAUUUAUCAUUAAUUUUAAUAACCUUCUUAGCAUGCGUGCUUACUCUUGGAUUUUCGAUGCCGUCUUAUGAAUAUGUGUCUUCUGUUGUGGAAACAGAAUUCAUCAUCAGUUAUUAUGAACAUUCCUGUGCACAAUCUCGUCAUCGUUUUCUGAAAUCCAUACUCAAUUCGUUCCCAUUGAAUUAUUCCAUAAUGGAGAGAUGGUAUCCACCAUCUAAUGCGAUAGAGAAAAAAAGUGAUUUUGAUGUAAUCAAGACAUUAAAUCUCAGUCGUAUGAAUGUGUCAAAUUUUAUCCAAUACUUAUCUAAUAUCAGUCAAAUAAAAUCGGUUUCACCACAAAAACAAAUAAAUCGUGUUCUUCUAAACUAUGAUAUAAAUGGUGAGGAGUUUUCGCAAAAUACUAAUCGCUUUGAUUCAAGACGAAAUUUAAAACUGUUUGGCGAUUCACAGAGAUAUUCUUCUCCUGGAACUUUACCAUUAGAUCCGUUAAAACAGCCAUGGAAACUGUUACAAGCGGAAUAUGCGUGGUCUCGCGGUUUGUGCGGUAAUGGUGUUCGUGUGGGUAUAUUCGAUACAGGAUUGGCAUCACCUGAUCAUAAACACUUUUCAUUAAGUAAUAUUAUUGAAAGAACUGAUUGGACAGUAGAUAUAACUAAUAGAUCCUAUUCUGAUGAUUAUAUUGAGGCUUUAGAUCGACAUGGUCAUGGAACAUAUGUCACAGGUUUAAUUGCUGCUCAAAAUCCUAAUGUAUACUACUCAAAAUUUAUUAAUUCUUUUAAUAAACAUGACGAUUCUACUUGUCCACCAUGGGGAUUUGCACCACGUGCAGAUUUAUUCAUAUUUCGUGUAUUCACUGAUACACAAAUAUCUUAUACAUCAUGGUUUUUAGAUGCAUUCAAUUAUGCAAUUAGUCGAAAAUUGCAUGUUAUCAAUCUUAGUAUUGGUGGACCAGAUUUUUUAGAUAAACCUUUUGUUGACAAGGUUUUAGAAUUAUCUGCAAAUGGCAUACUAUUAGUUUCUGCUAUCGGGAAUGAUGGCCCUUUAUUUGGAACAUUAAAUAAUCCAGCUGAUCAAAUGGAUGUUUUAGGUGUUGGUGGUGUGGAUGCUUUGGGUCGUGUUGCAAGAUUUUCUUCACGUGGAAUGACUGGUUGGGAACUUCCAGCUGGUUAUGGACGUGUAAAACCGGAUAUUGUUACUUUUUCCACUGGUGUUAUCAGUUCUAAUCUAGACGGAAAAUGUCGUGUUUUAUCAGGAACUAGCGUAGCAUCUCCAAUUGUAACAGGCGUUGUUAGUUUAUUAAUUAAUGCUGCUUUAAAUCGUAAUGCUAACUUAAUUAAUCAUGAAAAUGGUAGUCUAUAUUAUAUGAAUAAUGUAGAUAACUAUCCAUUUGUACCUAUUAAUCCAAUAAGUAUUAAACAGGCUUUAAUAGCCAGUGCAAAUCAACUAGAUUCAGUACGUGUAUUUGGUACGAAUUCAAUAAAAUGGUUACAAGAAACUGAUCAAAGUAGUAUGUUUGAACAAGGCGCUGGUUUGGUAAAUCUUCAAUCGGCCCUAGAGAUUGUACAGCGUAUGAAACCUCAAGCAAGUCUAAUGCCUAGUUAUUUGGAUUUAACUCAAUGUCCAUAUAUGUGGCCAUAUUGUUCUCAACCAUUGUACUCUACCAUGCAACCAAUUAUCAUCAAUAUAACAAUUUUAAAUUCUAUGGAUGUUGUUGGUCGUAUAGAGAAACCGCCUAUUUAUCAUCCAUACAUUAAUUAUAACGGACAUCGUCUACAUGUUGGCAUUUCAUAUUCUCAAUAUCUUUGGCCAUGGGUUGGAUAUUUAGCUGUUUAUCUAAGUGUAACACCUGAUUCUAUUGACGAUAUUAUACCAUCUUCACGUUUCUCUGGUGUUGCCGAAGGUUAUAUCAGUCUUGUUGUGGAAUCGUAUGAUAAUAUUCGAAAUCUAUCAUUAAGCACAAAUUUACGAUUACCAAUUAAAGCUAACAUUGUACCUAUUCCACAUCGAUCAAAACGAAUUCUCUUUGAUCAAUUUCAUAGUAUUCAUUAUCCAUCUGGUUUUAUUCCUCGAGAUGAUUUGACCCGAUCAAAAGAACCAUUAGAUUGGUUAGGAGAUCAUAUUCACACAAAUUUUCUCGAUUUAUACACACAUUUACGUAGAAAAAAUUAUUUCAUUGAAGUAUUAACUUCUACAUUUGACUGUUUCAAUGCAUCUAACUAUGGUACAUUCCUUAUCAUUGAUCCGGAAGAAGAAUUCUUUCCAUAUGAAGUAGAAAAAUUAUUUAUAGAUGUUACAGAAAAGGGAUUAUCAUUAAUUGUUUUCGCUGAUUGGUAUAAUACUAGUGUUAUGCAAAGUUUACGCUUUUAUGAUACUAAUACUAGACGUCUAUGGACUCCAGACACUGGUGGAUCGAACCUACCUGCAUUGAAUGAAUUACUUCGACCAUUUGAAAUUGAAUUCGGCGAUUCUGUUUUCUCUGGAAAUUACGUAAUAGGACAUCGAACUGUUGCAUAUCAUUCAGGUAGCAGUUUAAGAAAAUUUCCUAAUCAAGCUAUCGCUAAUCAUACUGGUCGAACUGCACUGUUAAAAGUUAAUCUGGUCGAUAUUGGAAAACAGUUCAUUCAACACGAUUCCAUGUUUUCAAAGUCAGAAUCAGAACCAUCAUUGGAAGGGGAUAAAAUUCUUGUUAAUUCUGAACCAAAUUUACGUUUAAAACCAAUAAUUGGUAAAGACCCAACACCAGCUAUACUUGGUCUAUGGACUCCUAUCGUUGAAAAUGUAGUUAGUGAAAUGGGACGUUUGUCAGUUUACGGAGAUUCGGAUUGUUUAAGUUCUACGCAUUUAAGUUCAAAUUGCUUUUGGCUGUUAGAUGCAUUACUUCAAUUCUCAACCAGUAGUAUGGGACGAAUCCCACGAAUUUUAAUUGAACAAAUGUUUACACCGAAUACCGAUGUCUGGUUUGAUUCUUCUCUGACAGCACCUUCACGUGCAAAAAAUUCUCAAUUAAAUCUGUAUAGUAAUGUGAUAAAAAAGGAAUGGGAUUCAUCUACGUUGAAUACUAGUUAUCUACCACUUGAAGCUUAUUAUUCUGUUAAAUCAUGUUAUAUCGCUCCAACAGCUUCCAUAUCCAUAGAUAAAGAUGAACCAAAUGAAUCAUUCUAUCAUCCACAGCGCUUAUUGCUCUAUCCAGUAGAAUUAUAUCCAUCGGAAAAAUUAUACACUACUCAUUAUUGUCACUCAUUUACUUCAAUUCUAUCAUCUGAUAAGAAUUCAUUCUUAAUUAACAAACCGAAAUUAUUGUUACAGUCUAUUAACGACUUUAUACAACUUGAUUUGUACAUAUCUUAUAACGUAAAUUUUAUAUGCGUCAUCAUACUACUUAUAGUAGUUUGCUAUUUUUGUAAACAUUGUAUCAUGUACUUUAGUAAUAGUAUAUUAUAUGUAACAGGAUGGAUUCUCUCUAUGAUUCGAUAUAUGCUUGUGCGUAUUCUAUUUGGUUUGUAUAAUUUAUGGCGUGUACAUAUCAGCGAUUUUUCAAAAAAGGUAUUCAGCAAAGUAUAUGCUACUAAUAAUUCUACUGGUAGUAGUAGUAGUACUACUGCUGAAAUAUCACUAUUAUCACCUUCAAUAGUUCAGAAAAUUAGCCAACAGAACAGAUCUAAUAUACAUGUAUGUGUACAUAGAUGACAAAUGAUUGGUUGGUGUGUGAAUUGUAUAUUUCUGUGCUGAUCGAUUACAGUUUUGUGUAGGUCCAGCGGUUCAAUGUUCCAAUAAUUAACUUCAUCCACGUAUUGUAUUUAAUUUCAGUUCAUUCGUGUAUCUCUUUUUCUCUUUCAUAUUUUCAGCUAUUUUGUAAAUAGAAAUGUAUUCAGUACA